AUGGCUAACCCUAUUCCCGUUUAUGUCCCUGAGAUUGAGCGGUGCAAGCACUGCGAAGUUGAAGGCCACUCGGUCAUUGACUGUUCUACUCUCUACGAAGAUCUCACCAACUUCCGUAUGGCCCUCCAAGCGGGCCAAGGCCCGGCCGCUGACCCCAAGGAUAUCUACCCAGUUGCUCGCUGGGGAAAGAGUAAGAAGAGAGCCAAGGCCUACGGCCCUGUUAUACUUCCCCAUGGUACGCCGUACUACCCGUCGACCUACGGCAUAAAUCCCAAUGACUCCGAGGCCUACGCGCUGGAAAACUACGUCCAGCUACAGCAAGCCCAUUCGCUGUGGUACCACGCGUACUGGUCACGUCACGCGUACUUGCUGAGUCUUCUAGAAGACGAAUUGCGCCGACAGCACCAGUAG